AUGAGUUUCGAUAAACCAUUCGUCAACAUUCACUCACUGAUCUCACUGAACGGCAAGAUGGUUGGUCCAUAUUGGAACACAGAAAACGGCAAAGCAUCUAUGAGUGACUAUGAGUGGACAUCAGCAAGCUACAAUAUCGAUGCAUGGCUUUGGGGAAGGAAGACAUUCGACGCAGUCCUCCCAUCGACAGAGAACCCACCUGUCAAUCCUGACAAAAAAGAAUGCCCAGAUGGCGACUACUACGCUGUCACAGAUGCGAAAGCAUACGUCGUCGGAAUCGAUCCAUCAGGAAAGCUCCCAUGGGACAGAAACACGAUCAAGUUCAACGAGCGCCCUGAAGCACACGUGAUCGAGAUUUUGACUGAGAAGGCGUCACCGCAGUACAAGAACUUGCUCAGAAGACUCAACGUUUCUUACAUCGUCGCAGGCAAGGAAGACGUCGACUGGAAGACAGUCAUGUCAAAGCUUAAGAAAGACUUCCACAUCAACGUCCUCUCAGUCGAAGGCGGAGGAAUGAUCAACUGGAGCGUUUUGAAAGCUAAGAUCGUUGAUGAAGUCAGCCUCCUAUUGUCUGCAACAGCAGACGCAACGAACAGCGUUUCGCUAUUCGAAGCAAAUCCCUAUAUGAUGAACACUGACCCUGUAGAAUUCACACCCAAAUCGAUAGAGAAGAUAAACUCGAACGGAAUAUGGAUAAAAUACACUCCAAAAUACUAA